AUGCAAAGAUUUGGCUGUUCUGAGCACUUCACUUAUGGGGUACGCCUGCUCCAUGACGGGAUGAUGGCGCGCGUCACGGACGACGGAAUGGUUUCCGAAGCCUUUGAAUUAACAAAUGCAUUGAAGCAGGGCUGCUUCCCCGCGCCUACCCUCUUCAGUCUCUUGUUCUCUGUCGUGCUGAUGGAUGCCUACACCGGUAUCGGCGAAAGUGGUAUCAUACGCGGAUGA